CUCCGUACUGAGUCAGCGGCCAUGCGCAAAUGGACCCAGAGGAGGGCCGUCUACAUAAAAUCCCUGCCCGGGGCUCUUCAUUCACUGCCUACAGGAGAACUUAAAACAACCACUGGAGCUUUGACUUGCCGUUUUUGACAUCGAAUUAAACGAGGAACACAUAAACACACCUGGCACCUUCUACGGAUUUAGAUAGCAGCGGUGAUGCGGCUGCUGCGUUGCUAACUGCACGCUCAAUUCAACCAUUUUUCUUUGCAUUUUUUAAAUUGUUGCUGGUUCGUCCAGGAUGAAGCUGAAACCCAACCAAACGAGGACAUACGAUGGCGACGGUUUCAAGAAGCGAGCGGCGUGUUUGUGCUUCAAGAACGAGCGCGAAGAGGAGGUCUUGUUGGUCAGCAGCAGUCGGCAUCCGGACCAGUGGAUCGUUCCCGGAGGAGGGAUGGAGCCCGAGGAGGAGCCCUGUGGAGCGGCGGUGCGGGAGGUCUUUGAGGAGGCUGGCGUGAAGGGCAAGCUAGGACGUCUGCUCGGCGUCUUUGAGCAAAACCAAGAUCGGAAGCAUCGGACCUACGUGUACGUGUUGACUGUCACAGAGACGUUGGAGGCCUGGGAAGACUCUGUGAACAUAGGCCGCAAGCGGGAGUGGUUCACGGUGGACGAGGCCAUCAAAGUCCUGCAGAGCCACAAGCCCGUCCACGCCGAGUACCUGCGGAGACUCCAGCUCAGCUGCUCCCCCACCAACGGCAACUCCAUCCUGGCCAGCCCGCCGCCGACGGCCAACGACAACUACCCCCACUACAGCGCCACCGCCACCACACCCUCCCGCAGAUAGGACCUCCGCCGGGUCCAGACUGAACCUUUUUGUACAGCCUCGCAUGGAUCUGUAAAUAGUCUUAACUGCUGGACGGACCAAAGCCAUCGCCAGAGCUCUUGUGAACGAGACUCACAGGUGGAGACCACUGGUGUUGGCAAAGCUGGCGCCUCUCAUCCAUUUUUAUCACCAUGACGAGCAGCUUGGGACUCUGCUGGCAUGCCUUACACAUACUUUGUAUGAAUGUUUGUUUUCUUCUAGCACAGCACACACACACACACACACACACACACACACACACACACACACACACACACACACACUGUCUGCUCAAUAAAAAGCAUGACGGUGCAGACCUAAGGAUGUCUUUAGUGCAUGGGGACAUCAUCUGAAUAGAAGGUCUUUGUUUCAUUUUAGUGAAUAACAGGCAUUCACAUGUGAUCAAUUAUACAUAUACAGUACAUAUAUAUAUACUACCAACGAGUAUUGGGGUCACUCUGAAAGUAUUAAACGGAUAAAAUAAAGUCAUAAUUGUAAAAAAAAUAAUUAUUUUUAGGACAAGAGUAAAAGGAUGUAUACAUUUGAGUUCUAAUUAUCAAAAUAAAGUUGUAAUACUGUGCCAGUAAAGUCAUACUUUUUAACCGAAAAUUUAGUAAUAUGUGGGGGGGUGGAAAAAAACAUCAUUUUUGAUGAAAAUGUAAAAAAAAAUAUUUAAAAAUUCUGAAAAUGAAAAAAGUCAAUUUUUAUUUUUUUUUUACUAUAUUUAAUAAUAUAUUUGUCAGAAAAUAUAUCACUUAAAAUUUGGACUUUAUUUUUGAAAAACUGACUUUAUUUUUGUAUUGUUACAUUUUUGUUCUUAUAAUACAAGUUUAUUCGUGCAAUUUGUAUUUGAUGAUCUUUUUCAACGCGUUGUGGCCCGAAUAUUCGUUGGUAGUUAAAAGAGAUUCAAAAGGACUGAAAGUACUUUCCGUUUGGGCCCCAAGUGUCCAGGUGAAAGGUGACAUGAGGCUCGACCUGCUGUCUGUCAAUCGCUACCUCAGCUAAAACGAAACAAGCAGGUGAGCAGCGCUGCUUCUUGUUCAACUUUAGCCAAAGUGUCCUGCAAUGGAGUCGCACGGUUCCCACAUUUCAAACUGACUUCAAGGUCUGCGCUCAUAUGCGACUAUCUGUGGCCUUUUCAACGGCCUCCGUUUGGACUUUUUAACGUUUUCUGCCUCUACGGCUGCACGUGUUCUGAGAAAAUGAAUUGCUGGGAUCGCCCGGGAGGUCCUGAAGAGACGCUUGGCUCACGCCUUGUGCUAAAAAUAACUUCAGAUAUUACAAAGAGAAGCUGCUAAACGCUUCCGAGUGUUUUUAACCUGAAUGAACACCGUUUUAUAUCUUUUUAACUGUGUCGAAAUAACUGGAGAACGCCAACCCAGCCGGAUAUGAGUGUACAAGUUACAAUGCGCCACUUGAAGGAUGCUUUGGAUGCCAGUCACGACUACUUUGAAAGUCAAAGGCAAUAACGGGGAAUAAAAAGCGGCUCCUGAUUGUGCAUUGAUUAUUAUAAUUGGAAGCCGUUGCUUCAAGUAGGAAAAGGUCCCUCCCCCACCUUAACUUCCUGAGACCCAGAAAUAUAUUUCAACUGAAUUUACUUCAAUGACUCAUGAUUGGGCAUGGGUCACAGUCACGCCUCAUGUGAUACCAUCUAUUGGCACGUCAAGUCCUGUCUAUUCAUGAAUCCAUCAUCGAGAAGUUACUUUAUUUUUUGAUGCAAAACACACGAAAAUGAUUAGAAAUGUAAAGCAGUUGACAGCUGCGCAUGUCUAUGUUUUAUAUUCUAUGCGUACGGCUAUAUUAACACUGGACAUGACCAAAACAGUGAAAACCUUCCCUUGAACUUGAAUUUUGUUUGGUUUUCAGUCAUAAUAUCAUCAGGCAUUUCUGCUUAUCGCUGCAUUUGCAUCAACAGUUGUCAUAUUACACUACCGGUCAAAAGUUUUAGAACACUCCAAUUUCUCUGGAGGAAAAAGCUACAUUUUUAAGUGUUAAGUUGUUCAUUCCCGUUAUUUUCUUGCCAUUUUUGCAGCAACAAGUGACUUUCCCCAGCACAAUGCUGUUCGACUGAUGUUCAUGAAGCGUAUAGUACCACAGUGUGUUCCGAACGCUGUUUUCAUGCAGACAGAGGAGGCAGCAAGUACUCCAGAACUUGGAACACCUGUAGGAGUUCGUUGUAGCACCAACUGCCAAGGUUUGAUCAACCACCAUUUCUGCAAAACCGCUUGAAAUUGUUGACCCUUUUUGUGGUCCCUGAAACAUAACUGGAAGAAUUGGGGUGUUCUAAAACUUUUGACGGGUUGUUUAUAUGAAAAAGCAGUCCUUGUAAGUCCUCAUGUCCUUUACAAAAGACAAAAAUGCAUUGCUGGGUCUCAGGAGAUGUGUUAUUUUGAAUGUAAACUGUGCCAAAUCGGACAUAAUCCACUUCAGAUGAAUGUUAUUCAUGGGAAAAAGAAAGUGCGCGUCGUGGAGAUGUCAUGACUGUGUUGUCAAAGGUUGUGACUUAUGAAUGACAAACUCCCCUCACUGCUUUGAAAUCCACUCGUCAUGCAUCAGCACAUCACACCUUCAAGUCAAAGCCCCGACUCUUCUUCUUCAUGCAAGUGCUGGUUUCUGUCAAGUUGGACAACUUUGAAUGUGAAAGCGCCCUAGCGGUGAUUUGUUUUUGAUUUGUAAUUGGACAUGACUGACUUUAAACUGGAAAUAUUGUGUGGGGGGGGGGGCAAGAGAAAAAACAUUAAAUGGGGGCGAACUCUUACUGUAACUCAUGGUGAUGAUUCCUUUCGCUCUUUUUAAUGGCCUUUUACUCAUUGAAAAAAAAAGGCCGCAGGGUGAAUACUUGCAACAAUUUCCACACCCCUGCCCCCCCUCUGUUACUGUUAAUGGCUGACACUUUGUCACUGUAUUAGAUGGCAAUGACACUGGGUGGGGUUUCCUGGUAAUGCAACCUUCACCUAAUACUGUAUUUUGGUGAGUGAGAACCAAUAGAGAGAAAUAAAUGCUGCAGAUGUA